AUGGCGAACGUCAAGGUGAAAGGGGAGAAUUUCUAUCGCUCCGCGAAGAAAGCCAAAAUUCUCAACAUGUACAAGGAGGGAAAGGCCCAGAGAAAUGCCAACGGAGAAAUUACAAAGGCAGCCAUUUAUCAGUCGAGAGAUGUUCCCCAAGCGAGGAUUGAACCCAAUCGGAAGUGGUUUACGAAUACUAGGGUAAUCUCUCAAGAUAGCCUUAGUGCGUUUCGUGAAGCCAUGGCCGAAAAGGCUACCGAUCCGUAUCAGGUCUUGCUCAAAUCGAACAAACUGCCAAUGAGUUUGUUGAAGGAAGACAAGAACAUCAACGGCCUCAAACAGCAUAAGGCUAAAAUGACAGUCGAAAGCUCCCCAUUCUCCGAGGUAUUCGGUCCCAGGGCUCAGCGAAAGCGCGUUGUCAUGGGUGCUGGCACCUUGGAGAACCUCGCGGGUGUUGCUGAGCAGAGCUUGGACACAUAUCAUGAAAAGGUUGAAAAAGCCAAGUAUCUGAGAGGCGAAGGAGAAAGCGGCAAUACCCCGUUGGCUCUGGAACCUAUUUUCAGUAAGGGGGCUCUAAACGGAUAUGGAACGAGCUCUACAAGGUCCUUGAUUCAAGCAGAGGCGCCUCACAAACAUCUGAUUUUCGUCUUGAACAAGUGCGACCUAGUUCCUAGCUCUGUAGCUGCUGCGUGGGUACGGAAGCUCUCUAAGGAUCGGCCUUGCCUUGCAUUCCAUGCGUCAAUCACAAACUCUUUCGGAAAGGGAUCCCUGAUCAGUCUUCUCCGACAAUUCUCAACUCUCCACGCAAAAGACAGGAAAGAGAUCUCGGUGGGGAUGAUAGGGUAUCCGAAUGUUGGCAAGAGCUCUAUCAUAAAUACUUUGAGGAAGAAGAAGGUGUGCACCGUGGCGCCGAUACCAGGCGAGACAAAGGUGUGGCAAUACAUCUCGUUAAUGAAGCGGAUCAAUUUGAUUGAUUGUCCAGGAAUUGUUCCUCCAAACAUGAAUGAUACCCCGGAGGACAUACUUCUGCGUGGUGUGGUGCGGAUAGAAAAUGUUGAGCACCCAUCUCAUUAUAUCCCGGCGCUCAUGAGCAAGGUCAAGAGACAUCACAUGGAAAGAACGUAUGAUUUGAGAGGCUGGGAUGACUAUAUGACUUUUCUGGAACUCCUUGCCCGUAAAAACGGGCGAUUACUUAAAGGAGGUGAGCCCGAUGUUGAAGGGAUUGCGAAGAUGGUAGUGCACGACUUCCUACGAGGAAAGAUACCUUGGUUUUCACCAUGCCCCUCAGCUACAGACUUGGAUGGCGCUCCGGUAGUCGCCGGUCGCGAGGGGAAACUAGGCGAGAUGCCCAAGAAAAGAAAGCGAGACGCGCCCGACGCGGAUGAGGCUUCUACCAUGGCGCAAAGUACGGAUGGACAUGUGGAUGGCGAUGAAGAUGGCGAAGAUUUCACCGGAUUCGGCAGUGUUGAAGAGUCGGAAGAUGAAUCCGCGCCAGGGCGAAUCAACGAUGAUACCGAGGAGCGAGAAGAUGAAGAAGCUGAGGAAUGGAUAUCCCUUGGUGCAUCAAGCGACGAGGAAGAGGUGUCAGGGGGAACCAGCAAAAUGCCGAAUCCGUUGAGCUUGAAGAUGAGUCGGAUCCAGGUGGCGCCCCUACAAUACCCAACGAGCACAAGGCGGUCAGGUCUAACAAGCGAAGAAGACGUUGAUCGGGAUAAGUGA